GCUCUGGCUUGGUUGCCAGGAGACGUUUAGAGACGUUUGAGGCGCAGCUGCGAUGGAGAAGUACGAGAAAAUCAAAGUUGUUGGGAGAGGAGCUUUCGGGAUUGUUCACCUGUGCCGCAGGCGCAGCGACGGGGCCUUUGUCAUCCUGAAAGAGAUCCCAGUAGAGCAGAUGUCACGAGAUGAACGCCUGGCAGCCCAGAAUGAGUGUCAAGUGCUCAAGCUGCUCCACCAUCCAAACAUCAUAGAGUACUAUGAAAACUUCCUGGAGGACAAGGCCCUCAUGAUAGCUAUGGAGUAUGCACCAGGAGGAACCUUGGCUGAAUACAUACAGAAGCGCUGUAAUUCCCUCCUGGAUGAGGACACCAUCCUUCACUUCUUUGUGCAGAUCUUGCUCGCUCUGUACCACGUGCAUAACAAACUCAUUCUGCACCGUGAUCUCAAAACUCAGAAUAUUCUGCUGGACAAACACCAGAUGAUCGUCAAAAUCGGAGACUUUGGUAUCUCCAAAAUCCUCGUCAGCAAGAGCAAAGCAUACACGGUAGUCGGGACCCCCUGCUACAUCUCGCCAGAGCUGUGUGAGGGAAAACCGUACAACCAAAAAAGUGACAUCUGGGCCCUGGGCUGUGUCCUGUAUGAGCUGGCGAGCCUUAAGAGGGCCUUUGAGGCAGCGAAUCUACCUGCCCUUGUUUUGAAGAUCAUGAGUGGAACGUUUGCCCCGAUAUCGGACCGUUACAGCCCAGAACUCCGCCAGCUCAUCCUCAAUAUGCUCAACCUUGAUCCAUCUAAAAGGCCCCAGCUCAAUGAAAUAAUGGCUUUGCCCAUUUGCAUCAGGCCCCUCCUUAAUCUCUACACAGAUAUCGGGAAUGUAAAAAUGCGAAGAAUUGAGAAACCUCUGUCUACUGUGCAGCAGCGCGGCAGACCAGGAGGGAGAGUUCCUACUACCAGGGCCAGAGAUGCAUUAGGGGGUUUGGGAUCAGGAAAACUGCAUCCGCUCCCACUGUCCUCUGUGUAUACUUGGGGAAGUGGGAUCACAGCGCCUCUCCGUCUACCCAUGCUUAACACUGAAGUGCUUCAAGUGUCUCUCGGCCGGACUCAAAAGAUGGGAGUCACCAAGUCUGGCCGUCUGAUUACCUGGGAGGCUCCAUCGGUUGUGUCGGGUGAUACCGGUCCUGCAGGUUUGGCGGAUCAAAUGCAGCCGCUGUUCAUUUCUCGCUUCCUUGAGGGUCAGUCAGGUGUCACCAUCAAGUCUGUGUCCUGCGGUGAUUUGUUUACCACCUGCAUGACAGACAGGGGUAUUAUAAUGACAUUUGGAAGUGGAAGCAAUGGUUGUUUGGGACAUGGUAACUUCAAUGAUGUAACACAGCCUAAGAUUGUGGAGGCUCUUCUGGGCUAUGAGUUGGUCCAGGUUUCUUGUGGAGCCUCUCAUGUUCUCGCUGUAACCAAUGAAAGAGAAGUGUUUGCUUGGGGAAGAGGAGACAACGGUCGCCUUGGCCUGGGCACCCAGGACACCCACAACUGUCCCCAGCAGGUGUGCCUACCUGCAGAGUUUGAGGCCCAGAAGGUGGUGUGCGGCGUUGACUGCUCCAUGAUCAUCAGCACCCAGUGCUGCAUUCUAGCAUGUGGUAGCAACAGGUUCAACAAGCUUGGUCUGGAUAAGAUUACAGCUGGAGAGGAAUCUAAUCCUUCAAAUCAAGUUGAAGAAGUUCAUUCUUUCACCCCGGUUCAGUCCGCCCCACUCAACUCAGACAGGAUAGUUUACGUCGACAUUGGAACGGCCCACUCUGUUGCUGUCACAGAAGAGGGUCAGUGCUACACGUUUGGCAGCAACCAACACGGUCAGAUGGGCUGCAGCUCCCGGCGCAGCAGCCGUGUGCCCUACCUGGUGCCCGGCCUGAAGGACAUCACCUCUGCUGCCUGUGGUGACGCUUUCACCCUGGCAAUCGGAGCAGAAGGGGAGGUUUACACAUGGGGAAAGGGAGCCCGUGGACGCCUCGGAAGAAAGGAGGAGGAUUGUGGGAUACCAAAGCCGGUGCAGCUCGACGAGAGUCACCCAUUCGUUGUGACAUCGGUGGCUUGUUGUCAUGGCAACACUCUGUUGGCAGUGAAACCAUUUUUUGAAGAUCCAGUUUCAAGAUGACUUUGAGCUGAAAACCUUCGCCUUGACUAGUCCUUUAUAAGGAUCAUAUAUGGAGCAGACCCUCCUCUCACUCUGCAGCUACAGUUUCACUUCAUCUCGCUGCUUUUGUCUUAUGCACAUAUGUUUGUUCCAAUUGGUGGGUGGAUGACACACACAGAGGGGUCAGAAUCUGUCCAAACCAGCAGGUGUUUCUCACUACAGACAUGCCAAAGGAAUGUUGCAACACUGAUACUGAAGCUGGAUUACAGGAGCUCAUUAGGCAGGCCUCAUGUGGUGAGUGAUUGUCUCUCCUCACAGUCAGCUUUCUAUCAGUAAACCAUGAAAAGCCAGUGAAAGUCAAACAGGUUUUGUCCUUCUUAAGACACUAGUGAAUGAGCCAAAAAGAAUGAAGCCACUCUGUCAAGUGACGAGAGCGUCGCACCACGAGGGGUCAGUUUGAAUGUUAUUGGAUCAGUGCUGCAAACGCAAACAGUAACGUUUGAACCAGAUAACGAGCGGGGUGUUAGGGGGACAUGCUGGACUGAGACUGCAGCCUCCCUCUUGUUUAGACACAUCCACAGCUUCUCUAGAGCAGGGAAUAGCAGCCUGUAGAGAAAACAAGCAGCUAUUCACACUGUUGCGAGCAGUAAAUAACUUGCUAUUAACAGCGUUGCUUUCAUUCCAUCUGAGGAAUUUUUACAGGCUGAACAGCUGACUGUUUCCACAUUGUAAAAACAACAGCAGAUAAAAGUCCUUCAUAAGAUAUAAAGAGGUGUGGGACACAGUUUAGCAUGUUUCAGGCUUUAUUAUGUAGCUCAUAUAUUUUUAAUAAUUUAUAGAUGCUAUAUGUGUGAGAUGUUCUUAGAAAAAGCAGAUCUUAAGCAUAAACAUCUGAUCUCUGUGGAUCCAAAAUGUUUGACUUUUAAAGGACAGAAAGUCCCCCCCCCAGGACAGAAUGAGCAUUUAAAGAAACUCUUCCUGUCCUCAUCUGAUAAGAGCUAAUUAUGGACAAACAGGGUAGAAAGAAAGCAAUGUGAAGGAAUGGGUUGCUUUGUUUUUUGGUGUGGCUUUAAGUAGGUUUAAUAAAGCCUUAAGAUCUGCUUGAUUUAAAUGAAAACAUGAAACCAUAGUAUGAAAAUCUUUUAUACAGAAUCCAGAGAGUUUUAUUUGACUUUUAUUGUGGGCAGUCUAAGACACACCUGUCAAUCAUGGUGUGUAAUCAGCAUCUGGAUUUAGCACACCUGUGAGGUGGGAUGGAUUAUCUCACUAAAGGAGAAGUGCUCAUUAUCACAGAGUUAGACUGGUUUGUGAACAAUAUUAGAGGGAAAUUGUGAUUUUUCAUAUGUGGAAAAAGUUUAAGGUCUCUUGAGUUCAUCUCAUAAAAAAUGGGACCAAAACCAAAAGUGUUGCAUUUAUAUUUUUGUUGUGUGUAUUGUCGUUUGUAUCCUAAUAAAGAGUUGUUAAGCAAAAUAUGGGGUCCGAAAUGUUAUAUGUCCUGAUAAAGUGAUGUGUUGAUCUUUAAAUAAAGACCCCCUGACAUAA